AAAAACAAGUAGCAUAUAUUGUACCAGCAGAACUGGUCUAAAGAAACAAUUAACGUAACCUUCCCUAUGACUCUAUAAGUAUCCGUCUCAGCCGUGCAUACUUGUUUAACAAGAAACAUUCAACAUCAUGAGGGGAAACAAGAAUUACUACUUUCUGAUUCUCCUCUAUUUUCUAAAUCUACACAUCCUACAUUCAAGAUCUUGUACACACAAAUGUGGAGAUAUCCAGAUCCCGUUCCCCUUUGGAAUCGGAGAAAAAGGUUGCUAUCUCGACGAGUGGUACCAAGUCGAAUGUCUACCAAAUGCUAUUUCCAGGAAAGUUUUCCCCUUCCUUCCCAAACUAAACAUGGAGGUUGUGAAUAUUUCGCUUCCGUGGGCCAAUUAUAAUGGCUUUUCUAGUGACGUGAAAGUCUCUUCAAUUCGUGUCAAAAGCCCGAUUGCAUCCAUGGGAUGUUCUAGCGAUGGAAAAGAUCAUGGAUUGACGUUGAAUUUGACGGACACUCCUUUUUUUUUUGGGGACCAAAACAACCUCGUGGCUGUUGGUUGCAACAACAAGGCGUCGCUGACAAAUGUGGAACCAAAGAUGGUGGGAUGCGAGUCGACUUGCACUACAAGCACCAAUUCGCAGAGCAUCCCUUUUUUCGACAAAAUUCGAUGCUCCACUUCCCACUACAACAACCCUAUAGGCAUCUUACCUAACAACUACUUACCAUUUUGUAAUAUAACGGAAAAUCAGAGCGACACAAUCUGCAACGGGAACGGAUGCUGCCAGGCAAAAGUACCUGUUGGUGCUCAACAACUCAUUGGUGUCACAAUAUCGAACACUAGUAAUGGAAACCUUACAACGGGAGGAGGAUGCAAAGUUGCCUUUUUAACAGAUGAAGUCUACACUUUAUCGAAUGCAACCAAUCCUGAACAGUUUUUCUCUAAGGGCUACGCUAUUGUUAGCCUAGGAUGGUUCAUCCAAACGAAGAAACUUUUGUUUCUAGAAUCAUUGGGCUGCCAAAACAGAGAAGAGUUCGAUCAAAGUAAAACACUCUCUGUUAAGAGUACAGCAAAAUGCACAUGCGAUAAUUAUACAGCCUCCGGGAUCAAUUAUGCAAGUUGUGCAUGUGCUAGAGGGUACAAGGGUAAUCCAUACCUUACUGUAGACGACUGCCAAGAUAUUAAUGAGUGUGCUGACCGUAACAAUCGCUGUUGGAAUACCGAUAUUUUAUAUCGCAAAAAAUGUAAGAAUACACCGGGAGAUUAUGAUUGCGUGGACUACCACAUUCCAGAAACAAUGCUAGGAUUAGGUGCAGGUUUUUUUGUCUUAAUCGUAGCCGGUGGUAUAUGGUGGUUGAAAAAGCUUCUUAGAAAAAAAAGGAUGACAAAGCGCAAGAGGAAAUUCUUCAAACGUAAUGGAGGACUAUUGUUGCAGCAACAGUUAACUACAACUCAAGGCAGAGUUGAAAAAACAAAAAUAUUCAGCUCAAGAGAGCUGGAAAAAGCCACUGAUAACUUCAACGAAAAUAGGGUUAUUGGACAAGGUGGCCAAGGAACUGUGUACAAAGGUAUGCUUGUAGAUGGUAGGUCUGUUGCAGUCAAGAAAUCCAAUGUUGUAGAUGAAGACAAACUACAAGAGUUCAUCAACGAAGUCAUUAUUCUCUCCCAGAUCAACCAUAGACACGUCGUGAAGCUUUUGGGAUGUUGUCUUGAGACCGAAGUUCCUGUUCUUGUUUACGAGUUUAUCACCAACGGAAACCUCUUUCAGCAUCUCCAUGAAGAAUUUGACGACUACACGGUGUUAUGGGGUGUACGUAUGCGCAUUGCUGUAGAUAUCGCGGGAGCUUUUUCGUAUCUACACACUGCUGCAUGUUCUCCAAUUUAUCACAGAGAUAUCAAGUCAACAAACAUAUUACUAGAUGAGAAAUACCGAGCUAAAGUGUCUGACUUUGGAACUUCAAGAUCAGUUUCCAUAGAUCAUACUCAUUGGACAACGGUAAUAUCGGGUACAGUCGGGUAUGUGGAUCCAGAAUACUACGGGUCCAGCCAUUUUACUGAAAAAAGUGAUGUUUAUAGUUUCGGGGUUGUCCUAGUAGAGCUUAUUACUGGAGAGAAGCCUGUUAUAACCCUUUCAGAGACUCAAGAAAUAACAGGGUUGGCAGAUUAUUUCAGACUUGCAAUGAAAGAGAACAGAUUGUUUGAGAUCAUCGAUGCUCGAAUAAGAAAUGAUUGCAAGCUGGAACAGGUGAUUGCAGUGGCAAAUCUAGCAUUGAGGUGUCUGAAGAAGACAGGGAAGACUCGGCCAGAUAUGAGAGAAGUUGCUACAGCUUUGGAGAGGAUCUGUUCAUCUCCAGAGGAUUUUCAGGUGCAAAUUCAAAUUGAUGGAGAAGAAGAAACCAUGAAGUUAUUUACAGGAUAUUCUGGAAGCACUGCGAGUGCAAGAACAAUGUGAGAUAAUUGAGAGUAAUUGGAUAGUCUUCUCGAAGUUUGGGAAAUAAUGUUUGUCAAUACGUUUGAACUCAUUUGAUAUAUUGAGUGUGGUUCUGAUUCUCUAAAAAAACAACUUAUCAAAACUUCUCAGUUCCAUUACUUGUCCUAAGAUCCC